AUGCAGUUCCUGCGCACCCCGAAGGAGCGGGAGCCGCCCAGCCCGGGCACGGGCCUGGGCGGGGGCAGCUACUAUGAGCUAAGCAUGUACAAGGAGAGCCCUGCGGGCGAGGUGGCGCUGGAGGAGUUCGAAAAGAUCGCACUCGACCGCCUGCGAA